AUGGCAAAGUGCGGAGCUUGCGGCAAAUUUCUCUCGUCGACAGGUGGCGUUAGUUGUACAGUUUGUCCAAAUAUAUUUCAUAGGGCAUGUCUAAUGGUGUCUGAUGGAACAACGAUAAGUAAAGAUUGGGUGUGCCCGGAAUGCAAAAAAAGUCAAGAAAGGGUGAUAACAGCUGUAGAAAAGCUCCCUGUAAGAGGUAUCUCCGAACACCCCUCAAGAACUUCAAGUGAUCAGGAGCCCGCCAUGCAGCGAUGGAACUCAGAAGACUGCUUUGAACGAUGUUGA